UUUUGGGGAUAUCUUAAAAAAACAACAACAACAACUUCAAAAGCCUCCCUCAGUCAAAUAAAGCAAACUAAGCAGCGCCAUCUACAGUGCUACCUGGAAAAACAGUUCAAACUGCGUGGUCAAGACACAACUCCUUUCUUCAAUAUACUGCAUAUGACAGGCCAGAACUGGCAGAAGCACUAGAAAUGAGCUGAAAGAAAUUGUGAUUAAAUCGUUAGUAUUAUCUUUCCACUGUUUAAAUGCGUUAUGGUCUUGAUUCCGUAUUUGGUAUUACCUAUAACAGCCCAUUCUUUAAAGUGCCAAACAGGAUUUGGCUAUAUAACGACUAAACAUAACUGGUUUAAAAAUUCGAAUAAAAUGAGAAAACAUUCGACAAGAACUAAUUGAGAAAACUGCAACACAGAGAGGAUGUAAACCAUUAAUAAGCAAAUGUUGACUUCCUCCACGCAAAUAACUUUUAAACUGCAAUGAACUUGGCAACAUUGUGCCCAUCCAUCUACACUACACAAGAUUUGACAUUCAGCCUCUACGUUUAGGUCACCAAGUAUGAUUCACACAUGAUUCACGUACUUUGACAAUACAGUUUUAAAAUACCACAAUGCUUGGCCGCUGGUGUUACCGCUUCCUUUCCACUCGUCUUUUAAUUUCCUCGAUUUUUUAACCCAUCUCUUCUCAUUUCCCUGUUUGCAUCCCUCCCCUUCCGAGUGUCAGAUGAAGAGACCUCCUCAUUUGAUGCUCCAGCUUUUUGCGUUGGCGAAUCACAAAGUGUUGGAAUCUAUUGCCUUUGUCUGACAUGCCAUCCAUCUCUAUGCGAGGGGGGUAUGGGGAGGAGGGGGGCGGUGGACUGCAGCUUUUAGAAACAGACACACUGAGAAGAGGGGUUUCAGUCUCAGCCCAAAGCUUCUAACAGGCACAUCCCAUUCUUGAAGAGAGGGGGACCGAGAGACACUCGCCGUGUCCAUGUUUGUUCCUGUCAUCCCCGCACGAGUCUGACUGUACCCCUCAGACUUGACCAGAAACGCAUCUCCAUAUCGAGGAAUUUACACCACAGUUUCACCAGAGGACACUGGAGGAGACCCAACCGCUAAUGCUUGAGUUCCCUUAAAUAUGUAGCUAACAAAUAUUAACUGAACGACUGAUUACGCUAACGUUCCUGCGUAAAAGAUUUUUUGAGACUAUAGUGCAGGACAUGAUCUGCACCUGACCAGACUCGUGUCUUCAUUUAAUGGACUGAACAGCACGAGAUAAAGUUCGUCGCGCGCUGAAGAACUUCUUCUGUACACUGGCAUCGGAAGCACUCUGCUUUGAACGGAUAGCAAUCUUAUUAAUUCCUAUUAAAGCUACAUAAUCAAGGCGAGACGGCGACCUCAGUCGAUUAUCUUUCCUUUCUUUGCUAUCCAAUGGAUAUCCACUGCAAAGCAGACCCCUUCUCGGCGAUGCACCGGCACGGCGGUGUGAACCAGCUAGGAGGGGUGUUUGUGAAUGGCAGACCCCUACCUGACGUGGUCAGGCAAAGAAUCGUUGAGCUCGCGCACCAAGGAGUCAGACCUUGUGACAUCUCAAGACAACUACGGGUCAGCCAUGGCUGUGUCAGCAAAAUUCUCGGAAGAUAUUAUGAAACCGGCAGUAUUAAACCCGGAGUUAUUGGCGGGUCCAAACCAAAAGUGGCGACGCCCAAAGUUGUGGAUAAAAUCGCAGAAUACAAGCGGCAGAAUCCCACAAUGUUUGCCUGGGAGAUCAGAGACCGACUUCUCGCCGAGGGCGUAUGUGACAACGACACUGUACCAAGUGUUUCAUCUAUAAACAGGAUCAUUCGAACCAAAGUUCAGCAGCCUUUCCAUCCAUCAUCCGAUGGCACAGGAACGCCUCUCACCACAGGACACACUAUAGUGCCCAGCACAGCUUCCCCACCUGUGUCAAGUGCUUCCAAUGACCCUGUGGGGUCCUACUCUAUUAAUGGCAUCCUCGGAAUCCCUCGCUCCAAUGGCGAAAAGAGAAAACGCGAUGAUGUUCUCUGGAGUGGCAACCACUUGGAUGGGAGGAAAAUAGGAUAUUAUGGUUCAGAUGGCUCUGGCCCAAACAGUGAUUCUCAGGGUAGUGUGGAGAGUUUACGGAAGCACCUGAGGGCUGAUGCUUUCACUCAACAGCAGCUGGAGGCUCUGGACCGGGUGUUUGAGCGACCGUCAUACCCCGACGUCUUCCCCACGUCAGAGCACAUCAAGCCAGAGCAGGCUAAUGAAUACUCGCUACCAGCACUGAACCCUGGACUCGACGAAGUCAAGCCCAGUCUGUCAACCAGCGCCAGCUCAGAUUUGGGCUCCAGCGUGUCACAGAGCUACCCGGUAGUGACAGAGUCACAUUCAUCGUCCAUGUGUGUUAAGCAGGAGCCACACGAGGCUUCCCUGGCUCCUUUCACCCCUUCCUCACUGGCAGUCUCGGGUCUAGCGGAACUGUUGCCCCUCCAGCCCAGCUUGUCAGUAGAUGCCUCCACCCCCUGCUAUGGUGCAUAUGUCCUUCAUGCCCCCAGCUACGGCCAGUAUGCAAGCCAGUCUAUUAUAGCAGGUCGAGACAUGGCAAGCACAACCCUACCAGGGUACCCACCUCACGUUCCCCCGACUGGGCAGGGCAGCUACCCCACCUCUACACUUGCUGGAAUGGUCCCUGGAAGUGACUUUUCAGGAAAUCCCUACUCUCACCCACAGUACACAACCUACAAUGAUGCUUGGCGGUUCAGCAACCCUGCAUUAUUAAGUUCCCCUUAUUAUUAUAGUGCCGCAUCGCGGGGCUCCGCCCCUCCCACUGCUGCCACUGCCUAUGACCGCCACUAGUUACCAUGGCAACCCAAUCAAACUGCAGGACCAUGGCCACGGCCUCCAUAUCGUACCAGUCUGAAUUCCGUUAAGGUCAGAGGGAUUGAAGAUGGCUACACAAUCGUCAGUUUCAUGGGGCCGAGAUUUGAUUAGAAGGGUCAAGCAACAGCAACAGCAACCCCC